ACCUUUCGGAUGGACUGUUGAUUUCCACACGGAUCAUGGCUGAGAACGGGUACGGACCACUAGCCGGUCACAUCGGCAGAAUUCCAAACUACGGGAAAAAUCAACCUAAUCCAAUGGGUAGCGUCGAGCCGCCACCGUGCAUCCAAAAUGCGAUGAUGACUAAGGACAAGAAACCGUUUACCUACACGCCUGGGGGUUUGGAUUUGUCACAAAUCCGAACACCUAGCAUGGCGAGAAGAUUGGCGAGGCAACGCUCUCAAGAAGAACAUGAGCAGGCUUAUGCGCAGCAGCCUCAUCCAGCAACCGCUUAUCACCCUCAAGGAGGACCCGCACCCCCUCCACCUCCACCUCCCAAGAUUCCAGCACCACCCCCGCCUCCUCCACUGGUAAUUGAGGCACCAACAUCUAAGUCACCUAAGCCAGUGACAGUAGGAGAGAGACCAGAAAUCGUAAUCCCGGAAAAUCCCAUAGGCAUGCUCAGGAAAACCAAUAGUCCUUAUCACUGGGAAGCAGAAAAGGCUGAGCUAAACCGCAUCGGCCCGGUGCCUAAGUUUCAGGACAAGAAACCUAGUCCACUGACGGUGACAAUGCCACCGUCCUCAUUUUCACAGCAGCCGCCUCAGAUGUAUGCUCCGCAAGGCCAAACUUCUCAGGGAUCUAAUUAUCCUUACGGUAACCGAAAUCAGCCAGAAAGUCCUAUUCACAGGCCGGAGGCGCAAUAUGCUCAUCAAAAAUCGAAUUCACCUAAUGUCAACGGUUCACCAUUGACAAGAGAAUUAUUGCAGAGGCAAGAUUCUCAAUUUAAUAAAAGCCCACAACCAUUUGGCGCUCCGUCACCUGUCAGUAACGGCUCACCCUACUCCCCUACACCUAACAACAACUGGAGGCAACCGGAGAGAAGGGAUUCCCCUGCUAACAAUGUUCACAGCCCUCAGUUUGCACAGUCGAACCGUAAUCAAUUUUCACCUAACGUUCAACAGUGCUCUCCUGAGUACACUAAUCAAACUUCCCCUAGACCUGUGUUCCACACUCUUCCCAGAAAUGCACCGAGAGUACAAGAUAAUUACGUAAACAAUACGCAAAAUAGCAAUGCAAUUUACAAUAACAUCAAGGAACCAGCGACACAGAGUCCCAGAGAAGACGAUCCAACGCCGUGGCGGACCAGCACUCUUAAUCGACAACCUCGUGAGCCAGAAGAUCGGCAAUCUAUUUAUCAUAAUAGCAAAAUAAACAAUCAACAGCCUACAUACACGCCUCCAUGGCAAUCGAAUGAAAGCAAGAAUAAUCAAGCAGAUAACGCUUACAUUCCCUCCUGGAAACAAGAAAAUAAAUUCGUAGGUCAAAAUCAACAACAGCAACAGUGUCAGCCACCACAGCAGCAGUACAAUCCUUGGGUGCAACAGCAGGAUAACAACAAUAAUAAUAGACAAGACAACUACAAUCAACAGUGGAGGUCUCAGAAUAAUCCUGUUCCCACCUCUCCACCCAAUAAACAGUGUCAGCCUCAAGACCAACCACGAUAUCAAUCCUCGAUGUCGAUUCCUGUUACUCCAAGAAAACAAAACUCUCAACCUGAAUUCAACAAUAAUCAAACUGCUCCACAAAAGGAAGCUGUUUAUGUAAAUGAAGAACCAGUGUAUUAUUGUCCUGAAAGUCCAAAAUCUGUUCCCCCAUGGGUAAAAACUCAGAAAGAAAAAACAAAAACCCCACCUCCAGUUUGGUGCCAACGACCAUUAGAAGGUAGGAGAAGCGCGCCUAGAGAGUUGGUGACACCUCCCAGAGAUACAGAACCAGAGUGGGUUAAGAAGAGUAAUGAAAUGCAGAGAGGAGUACGUGAAGUGAUCAGUCCUCCGAAAUAUCAGCAACAAGCCCAACCAACUUGGUCAACGCGACCUUCAGAGAACCGUAAGAGUUUGCCCAGGGAGACUACUCCCGGUGCUAAUGGUCAACCUGGAACCCGAGUUAUUCCUAUUCAAAUGGAAGUUUCAAAUACGGAUUCAAGGGAUCACGGGAGACAAGGCAACCAACAACCUCCUUUGCGGAUUGUGAUUAAUAUGAACACGAAUCCCCAAGCCUCGCCUCAAGGUCAGAAUCAAGCUCCUUACUCCCAACCUACGCAGCGUAUAAUGAGGGUAUUGUCACCUCAGCUGGUCAGGAUGGACGACAGCCCAUCGCAAAACGACCUGCCCACCUUGAACAGGAGCUAUCAGAAUCAAAGCAACCAAGAUACUGGACCUAAGACGAGGAUCAUCCCAAUUCAGAUUGAAGGUGGUGGUAACGGCGGAGCAAACAAAAGAGUAUACUAUCAUAAGUUCACUCAAGAGGGUCCCCCGCGGCAAUCGAAAGCCUUCCGAGUGUUGCAAGUCAUCACAGGUACCCAGGAUGAUAUUCAGGACAUGGAACAACAACAUGGGUACACCGAUCUAUAAGUAUUUUAUUAUUCUUGUAAUAACUUUUCCCUACCGAGAUUUACGAAGUAUAUUUGUAAAAAAGUGUUAGGGAAAGAAAUUAUUCAAUGUUUACAAUUACGAGUAGGAGUAAAAUAAAAAAUCUGGUUGUUUUAUAAAAAUGGGACAUUUUUAUAGUUUUCUUAUAACUGCAAAUGCAUUUGCGCAUUAAAAAACAUGUGGCUAAGUCACUUUUUCUCUGACUUAAGCUAAUAGAAUUACGAAAAAAAUUUUAGGAAUUUACAGUAAUUUACGUUCAUGGCAGUUGGAUUUAUGUAUUUUACAAAUUUGAACGUUACGACUGAAGUUGUACUUA